AUGACGAUAGCAGCAUUUUUCGGCAUCACCUGUUAUAACGUUCUGGAGAUUAUGGUCUCCAUUUUCAUGACCUUUAAGCGUUACCGAGGAUUAUACUUUUGGAGCAUGCUCGUGGCCACCUUAGGCAUCUUACUCCAUGCUAUUGCGGUCCUACUCCGCUUUUUCGCACUUGCCCCUAGCUUCCCUAUGGCUGUACUAAUUGUCGUCGGCUGGUACGCCAUGGUCACAGGCCAAUCCGUCGUACUUUAUUCCCGGCUGCACCUUGUCGUCAGCGACUACCGUCGGUACCGAUGGGUAUUGUAUAUGAUCAUCAUCAAUUUUUGCGUAUUACACAUUCCGGUGUCCAUCCUCUUCUUUGGCAGCGGUCUAGGCCAUUCAAAUUUCCUCGGUCCGUUCAAUGUCUAUGAGAAUAUCCAGCUUGCUGGCUUCUCUGUCCAGGAGAUCAUUAUCUCUGGGUUGUAUAUAUGGGAAGCUUCUCGGGCACUCAAACCGGCUCUCGCGCGCGAGGAACGAAGUGGCUAUAAUGUCAUGAAACACUUGAUACUCGUCAAUAUCAUUGCCAUCCUUAUGGAUGCUUCGCUUCUUGCGACCCAAUAUAGCGACAAUUUCGAAAUACAAACAACGUAUAAGACCGUCGUCUAUAGCGUUAAGCUGAAGAUGGAAUUCAGCGUGCUGAACCAACUGGUCGCCUUUUUGAUGCGAAAUCACUACAUAAACGAAUAUGACAGCCAGCAGACUUGCCUGGAGCCAAACAGAGGUGAAAUGGGCAAAGAUCCGCCAGCUGGGAGGCGCGAACCGCGAGCUGGGGAUGAGCUCCGCCGUACUCGGGUCCGGCUGGGCGACACGCGCAGCGAUAGCGGUCGAUUCCAGACAAAGUCCCGUGGGCUUCAGAGUGAGCUUGACGCCAGCUCACACCGAGCCAGUCGGCUAGAGACUGAAUUGACGCAUGUCAGAGGGGGAAUCACGGAGGCGAUGAAGGCGUUGCAAGGCCAUAAGGGCCAGAACAGUAGCGCUAUACAUUCGUCAGGGCCAUCUCCCGAAAGC